AUGAGCAAGUAUCUGUCGAAACUCAUAAAGCCACCACGGGAUUAUGAAAAGUACGAGAAUGAUGCAUUUUCUCAGCAUCCAUUGAUGAAGUUCCGGCUCUCAAAUAUCCGGGAAAGGAGGCAUUUCAGUAUGCUCAAGCACAGGGCAGCUCUGGGAAAAAUUCGCGUUUGUCGAACAAUUCCGGAAGAUCUAUCGGAUGUCCUGCCCCAGAGGCAGGAUAAGAUAAGACAGCAGCUCUAUAUGUAUGCCAAUAGUGCUCCAAUCCCGAAAAUUCUUCACAGAACUGAGAAGAAAAUCAUUGAGUAUGUCCCUGAGAGGCUGAGAAAACGCUACCCAAAUGCCGUUGAGGACUACAUGAAGGAAGUUCGGGAGGAUUAUGAUAAGAUAAUUCGUGCUUUUAGCAUUCAGAAGAUCCUAGUGCCGAAGGAGGGGGAAUUUGUGCCGCCACGAGAGGAAUUCCGGUUGAAAGCUAAAGGACGCACGAGGAACUAUCGGCAAUUCCUUCACAAUCGCAAGCAAAUCUCCAAGAAUCUCCUCAUCACCGCACCCUACAUUCGUUGCAUUGUGCACUUUGCCAAUUUGGACUUUCCGGAUGUUUUGAAUGAUUUAUCGCGCUACCGGAAAUUGGGGGAGAUUAUUCUGGAUGAAUUAGAGAAUAAGGCUCGAAAGGAUUUGUACACAAAUGCGGAAUUUCUCAAGAAGUUCUGGUACCCGAAGAUUGUAAAAGUUAUGCUGAAGUACUACAAGAAGAAAGUCAUUAGCCGUGUGGAACUUCCGAGAAUCCUUCAGUGCGCCACAACAUUGAUUAAUCGUCAAAUAACUGAACUUAAAAUUCGCACCUUAAACCACAUUUGCGAAGUUAUUGGAGAUCGUGAGAAAAUUCCCUAUUUAAAGGUGAGCCUAAUCUGCGAGAAAUCAAUCGAUUUGUACCCAACGCUGGAGAAGAUCUUCAAAGUCUAUCACGAUAUGUUGGAUGAUGUUGCGGAAAUAGGAACAAAUUUGACCUCAUUGGAGAUUUUAGUUGAUUCAGAAUUAUUUAAGAAUCACGAUGAAUACUUGAAGAUCAGCGUUGGGGAGAUUUACAUGAAGGAAGCUCAUGAGAAAUUGAACAAGGUCCUGGAGAAGGCCUACUCUCCAGUUAUCCUGUACUUGUCGAGCUUUCAGGAUGAAUAUAAGUUUCUCUCAAAUCCCGAAACUAGAAUUUCCAUUGAGAGUUUUUUGGAAGUUAUUCACACAUUUGAUGAAUAUUUGAGCAAAAUUGAAACAAUUCAAAUCUUCAUUGAUAAGCUCAGACGAUGCAUACUCCGGGAAUUCUUUGACUUUAUGACUCUCAAUCAAUUCGAGGCGAUCCAGAGUCUUCGGGAGAUUGCUGAUAAUCUCGUGGAUAAGAUCACUGAUCACAUUGUGACGUCACACAGGAAAAUGUGUGAUGAUAUUUGUGCAACAUUCGUUGAGAUUAAACGGAAGGCUCUUGAGAUUCCAAAAUCAACGGAGAGUCUGUUGGAGUCGGCCGAGUACAUGGUGUACGUGAAGACGCAGCAAAUGAAGGAGUUGCAGGAUCGCAUUGAGGAGUGCUUGAAGAUCGGAGGGACUCUCCUUGAAUUCAAGGAACUCUCCAAGGAUCACUUAGCAGCACAGAUCGCCACAAUUAACUGGUACAACAACAUUGACGAUGUCUUCGAACAGAACGCCCAACUGCAGGAGUUCUACAAAUUCCAAUUCGAAGAACAUCUGCAGAAUGUUGCAAAGAAGCUAAAUGAAGACAUUGCCGAGAUGCUACCAAGCCUGUCAAUAAUUGACGAUAUGUGUGAAACGGAGAAGUUCAGAGAAUACUACGGAUUACUGCAGAAUAUCAUUGAUAAUCUCAAAAUAUUCGAGAACUACGUUGAUUGGCUCAAUAAGGAGGAGAAGCUGUUCAAGUUCCCUAAAUCAACCUAUCCCGUCCUCGAUGCAAUCAAGAAUUUUGUGAUUCCUUUCACGAAACUCAUGAAGCUCUGUAUUGAGUGGUUGCGUCACUUCUACGUAUGGAUGGAUGGACCAUUUGAGUACCUCGAACCAGACUUUGUCGCAAGGACUGUUGAGGAGUACCUCAAGGAAUUCCAAGAGACUCAGAAGUACUAUCAUAAUCGCAUUAAGGCUGACCUUAUUGGGAAUCCAAUUUGCAAAUUUCGCGGGCAAACGGAGGAUCCAUCGGUUGAGAAGCAUCCAGUUCCACUGAAACUCUGUCAUAAAAUGAUUAGUUGGAUUCAAGAAUUCGGCCUGGGAGUGCAGAUUGUUAAGAUAAUCUGCAAUCCUGCUCUACGGGAGAGGCAUUGGAAUGAAAUGUCGCAGAUGGUUGGCUUUGAUUUAACACCCGAUGCUGGGACAACACUGAGAAAAUUUAUAGACUACAAACUUGAGGAUAAAUUGGGUGAUUUUGAGAUUAUCAGCAUUGGGGCAAACAAGGAGCUGCAGCUGCAACAAAAUCUCACGGGAAUGAUUGAAGAAUGGUCAGGUGUUUGCUUCAAAAUUGGCUCAUUCAAAAAUACAUCUCUGACAAUCCUUACCGGUGUGGAGGACAUUCAGGGAUUGCUGGGAGAUCACAUUAACAAAACUCUCGCCAUGAGAGGAUCAGCCUUUGUAAAGCCGUGCGAAGUUGAGGUGAAAGCUUGGUACUCUAAACUCGUACGUGUUAAUUCAACAAUUGAACAGUGGCUAAGGGUACAGAUGCUUUGGCUCUACUUCCUGCCAAUCUUCUCAGCUCCUGAUAUUGUUGCUCAAAUUGAAAGUGAAGGAGAUUUAUUCAGAGAAGUUGAUGGAAUCUUUCACAAAUACAUGAAGAUUAUCCUUGAUGAAGCAGAAGUAAUGAAAACAGCACCAAUUGGAGGUUUUCUUGAGGAUCUACAAGAUGCCAAUAAGAAGCUGGAUACCAUCACGUGGGGAGUUAAUGGAUAUCUCGAUAGGAAACGUCUGUUCUUCUCACGUUUCUUCUUCCUCUCAAAUGAUGAAAUGUUGGAGAUCUUGUCAGAGACCAAAGAUCCCGUAAAAGUUGAAUCGCACCUCCUGAAAAAAUGCUUCGAAGGCAUCGAUAGACUUUCCUUUGACGAUGAAUUGAAUAUAAGAGAAAUUCGUAGCGAUCUUGGAGAGAGGAUUGAACUACUGCGACAGAUUUCAACGCAAAAUGCCCGCGGGAGUGUUGAAAAAUGGCUUUGGGAGGUUGAGAGAGAAAUGAUAAAGGCAGUUAAAGAUCAAAUUCAGGAAGCAUUUAAAGAUAUUUCCCAAACAAAUCGCUCAGAAUGGAUUUUCAAGUGGCCACAGAUGGUUGUGCUGUGUUGCCAAAAAAUCUUUUGGACUUUUGACAUUGAAGGUUGCUUUAGGGCAGACAAUCCCGUGCAGAUGAUCAGGAAUAAAUUAAAGGAGCAUGAAGAGGUCCUCACGAAGAAUGUUGAUUUGAUAAGAUCUUCAGAUUUAACACCACUGCAGUGGAUUGUCCUGAAAUCCUUGAUUGUUUUGGAUGUUCACUCCCGAGAUGUCUACAGGGAGCUCCAGGAGAAAUCUCUGGUAUCUGCUGAUGAAUUUCUCUGGCUAGCACAGCUACGAUACUACCUCCUCCACGGAGAAGUCUCUUUAAAUAUUAUAAAUGCAAAAAUAGCAUUUGGAUAUGAAUAUUUGGGGAAUCACGACCGAUUGGUGGUGACUCCGUUGACAGAUCGUUGCCACAGAACAAUGAUUGCCGGGCAUCAGUUGCACCUAUUCGGAGCCCCUGAGGGUCCAGCUGGUAGUGGGAAAACGGAAACGUGCAAGGAUCUCGCUAAGGCAAUUGCAAUUCACUGCAAAGUUUUCAAUUGUUCCGAUUCUCUGGACUUUACAAUUGUUGGGAGAUUCCUCAAAGGAGUCGCAUCCGGAGGUGCUUGGAUAUGCUUCGAUGAGUUUAACAGGGUUAAAUUGGAAGUUCUGUCCGUCAUUGCACAGCAGAUAUAUACAAUUAUACAAGCUAUUCGGGCGAGAUUGUGCAAAUUUUCAUUCGAUGGCUUGGAACUCCCACUAAAACCAUCAUGCUACGUUUGUGUUACAAUGAAUCCAGGCUACAUUGGUAGAUCUGAACUGCCAGAUAACAUCAGAACACUCUUCCGGACAGUUGCCAUGAUGAUUCCAGACUACAAAAUUAUCGGAGAAGUUUCUCUCUUUUCCUACGGAUUUCACGAAGCUAAGAAGCUAGCUAGGAAAAUUGCUACAAUCUACCGGCUAUGCUCUGAGCAGCUGUCAGCUCAGCAUCACUACGACUACGGAAUGAGGGCUAUUAAGAGUGUCAUCGUAGCCUGUGGGAAGCUCAAAAAACUCCAUAAGAAGGAAGAUGAAGAACUUCUUCUCUAUCGAGCUCUUUUGCAUGUAAAUCUUCCGAAAUUUGUCUCCUAUGAUAUUCCUCUUUUUGAAAAUAUAAUGAAGGACUUAUUUCCCGGUAAAGUAAUUCCGGAAGAAAAUCGAACAGCCUUCGAGGAGGCCUUCAGGGUAGUUUGUCAGGAAAGAAAUCUUCAACCAGAGGAGGUUUUCUUGAAGAAAACACAACAAAUUUAUGAAAUGAUGACUAUUCGGCACGGGAUGAUGAUUCUGGGGGAACCAUUCUCAGGGAAAACUUCCUGCCUUCGUGUUCUAUCUGAUACACUAAAGAUUCUUUCCGCACAAAAUACAGCAAAGUAUCAGAAUGUCUUGAUUGAGAUUUUAAAUCCAAAGUGUGUGACGAUAAAUGAACUUUAUGGGAAAUUUGUUGGAGCUACAAAUGAGUGGACAGAUGGGAUUAUUUCAAAGAUUUUCCGGCAAUUUUGUCAUGAGAAAAGUAAUUCUUGGAAAUGGGUAAUCUAUGAUGGACCUGUUGAUGCAAUUUGGAUUGAGAAUAUAAACACUGUUCUUGAUGACAACCGUAAGUUAUGCUUAACUUCCGGCGAAGUGAUCGAGAUGCCAAAGAAUAUGAUUAUGAUCUUUGAAGUGAUGACAGUUGAGCAUGUUUCCCCAGCUACGAUCUCUCGCUGUGGAAUGGUCUUUAUGGACCCUAAAGCACUAGGAUGGAAAGUUCUUGCACGCUCCUGGACUAAUCGAUGCAAUCCUGCCUGGAUGGAAGGGAAUAAAGAUUUCAUCCUUGAUCUUUUCACGUGGAUUUUUCCUCUUUGCUUAAAAUUUCUCGAGCGGCACUGCAAGCAAUUCCUUCAGCCUGGGGAAAUGAAUCUCAUCAUGAGUACGCUGAAUCUCUUUGAGAUGUUCAUGAAUGAAGCAUGUGAAGAUAGUUCGGAGGAAUUUACAAAGAAUCUCUCAACGUGGUUUCAAGCUGCAACAGUUAUGGCAAUUUUUUGGGGCUUAGCAGGAAUUUUGGAUGCAACAUCACGUUCUAAAUUUGAUGCUUUCUUCCGCGAAAUAUGGCGAAAUGACGAAGAUAGCCCAUUGCCUGAGAGUGUGGGACGGAUAGAGGUGACAUUGCCGACAGAAGGUCUCCUUGUUGAGUACUGCUACCAUUUUAAGCAGAAAGGAAUGUGGAAGUAUUGGCCGGAUAUUGUGCGGAGGAUGGAACCGGAAACAACCCCUUUAGGUAUGCAGGUGCCAACAAUUGACACAGCAAGGUACUCAUACCUCUUUGAGCUGCUAAUUAAGAACAAGAAGCCCUUCUUGCUAACUGGCCCAACGGGAACUGGGAAGAGUUUCUUCAUACAGAAUUUUUUAAUGAGCAAAGUUGCACCGGAAACAUUUACGCCGUCCUUUGUAACGUUUACAGUGAUGAUUUCUGCAGGACAUACGCAGGAGUUGAUCCUUUCGAAAUUGGUGAAGAAGAGACGGUGGCAGUAUGGAGCUGCAAGGGGAAAGACAGCCAUUAUCUUUGUGGACGACAUGAAUAUGCCGGCAAAAGAUGAAUACGAAGCUCAACCACCUCUGGAGCUUCUUCGUCAGUAUUUUGAUCAUUCCUUCUGGCACACAGGUCCAGAUAGAAUAACCUUGAGAGAUAUUCUGCUAAUUUGUGCCUGUGGCCCUCCGGGGGGAUCUCGUCAAGUUGUCUACCAACGUGUUCUUCGGCACUUUAACAUCUUCUCCAUAAAUAAUUUCUCCGAAGAAUCCCUCAGUAGGAUCUUUUCCGCAAUCCUCCUCAAUGGACUCAAGACGCGUGGUCAUGCAUCAGAUGUUGUGGCAUCCGUUAACAGCAUGGUAGCUGCAACACUUCACAUCUACAGGAUUGCCUCAACAAUCCUACGACCAACACCACAGAAAUCUCACUAUAUUUUCAAUCUUCGUGAUAUUUCGAGAGUCAUCUCAGGUUGUUCCCUACUCCGCAAGGAAUCCGUUGACAAUAAGAAAAUGUUCCCAAAAAUUUGGCUUCAUGAAACAAUGAGAACUUUCUGUGAUCGUCUCACGGAUAGCAGAGAUCGAUAUUGGUUCUUUGGGAAAAUUUCAACUACAGCUGAAGAACAUUUCUCGGAGAAACUCUCAACAAUCUUCGAGGAAUACCGACAGGAGGGAAGUGAGGAUUUAGUACUUAAUGAUCUGAGGAAUUUCAUGUUUGCCUCCUAUUUGGAUUUGAACACGCCACUUGAGGAGAGAAAAUACGAAGAGAUUCCGGAUUUAAAUUCACUAAAAGAUCUCGCUCUGGCUAGCUUGGAGCAGUACAAUUCCAAGCAUACAGCUAAAUUGGAUAUUGUCCUAUUUGGGUAUGCUCUUGAGCAUCUCAAUAAGAUUUGUCGCGUUUUAACAGUUCCCGCAGGGAGUUGUCUUCUUGUGGGAAUUGGUGGAUCCGGAAGGCAGAGCUUGACGAAAGUUGCAGCGGGAAUUUGUCAGCAAAAUGUCUUCCAGCCACAUAUAACACGAGAAUACGGGUUAGAAGAUUGGCGUAGGGAUCUCAAGAUUGUUUUGAGAGAAGCCGGUGGCUUGGGUAAAGACACAAUCUUCCUCUUUACGGACAGUCAGGUGAAUCUUGAGGUCUUUCUCCAGGACAUUGAUUGCCUUUUGAAUCUCGGAGAGGUGCCCAACAUUUAUGGGAUUGAUGAGCGUCAGGAGAUCCUUGAAAUGGUACGCCUUGAUGCUCAAGGUGGGAAUAGGAAUAUCGACAUUAGCCCCCUACAGGUGUUCAGCUUCUUCGUCAAUCGCUGCCGGCAGCGUUUGCACAUUGUUCUCUGUUUCAGCCCCAUUGGGGACUCCCUGAGAACACGAGUGCGACUCUAUCCGUCCCUUGUGAAUUGCUGCACUAUCGAUUGGUACGAGGAUUGGCCACCGGAAGCAUUGGAAAUGGUUGCCGUACGCUACAUGCAGGCUAUUGAUAUUCCGGCGGCAAUCAAAGAAUCCGCUGUAGUUGCUUGUAAGCAUUUCCACUUGACAGCAACCAAAUUUUCCGGUGAAUUUUUCCGUGAAACAAGUCGAAUAAUUCACAUUACAUCAGCAUGCUACAUUGAACUCAUUAGAUCCUUUAGGGAUUUAAUGGAGAAGAAGCAAAAGGAAAUUCUCGAAUCAACAAAGCGUUAUGAGGCAGGAUUGGAAACAUUGGUACAGGCAUCCAAUACAGUGGCGAUCAUGCAGUGUGAUCUCAAUGAAUUGCAACCAAAAUUGAUAAUUAUGGCUGAAAAUUCACGUGAAAUGAUGAAGCAAAUUGAGAAGAAGACAAUUGAGGCGAGUGAAGCGAGUGAACAUGUGAAGAAGGAGGAAGUUAGUGCCAAUGCACAAGCUGCUGUUGCGCAGGAAUUGAAGGAUGAGUGCGAGAAGGAUCUAGCACAGGCUAUACCGAUUCUCGAGGAAGCUAUUCAGGCUCUGAAUACCCUCAAACCUGCUGAUAUUACCCUCGUGAAGUCCAUGAAGAAUCCCCCUGAGGUUGUAAAGCUCGUAAUGGCGGCGGUAUGUGUCAUCAAAGGUGUUCCGCCGGAUAGAAUAAAUGAUCCCGCAACAGGGAAGAAGAUCAUUGACUACUGGGGACCUAGCAAGAGAAUCCUUGGAGAUAUGGGUUUCCUGCAGUCGCUCAAGGAUUUCGAUAAGGAUAACAUUGGUGUGGAUAUUAUGAAGAAGAUCCGAAAGGAUUUUAUCCCGCACAAAGACUUUCAGCCACACAUUGUGCUGAAAGCUUCAAGUGCAGCUGAGGGGCUCUGCAAGUGGAUCAUUGCAAUGGAUUUGUAUGACUCAGUGGCAAAAAUUGUGGCUCCGAAGAAAACGCGCCUGGAGGUGGCUGAAAAGGAGUACGCAGACACGCUGAAGAUUCUCAAUGAGAAGCGGCAGAUGGCUGAUGAAUUGGAGCGGAAGGUUCAGCUGCUCAAUGAGCAACUAACAGAAGCAAAUCGCGAGAUGCAGCGGGUUGAGAUGGAAGUGGAUGUUUGUAAGAAUAAACUUCAACGAGCUGAGAGCUUAAUCGCAAGUUUGGGCGGUGAGAAAAAUCGUUGGACGCUCGCUUCGGAAAAUCUUCAGAAGCUCUACAAUAAUCUUGCAGGAGAUAUCCUGAUGUCCUGCGGAUUUAUCGCAUACCUAGCUCCAUUUAGUAUUGCCUACAGGAAGCGAGCACUAUGUGAAUGGCAUGCACUGUGCCUAACUCUCAGUAUUCCCUGCUCAGUACCAUUCAAAUUCACCGAAGUUUUGGGAUCGGAUAUUAAAUUGCAAAAUUGGAGUAUUGCCGGAUUGCCGAAGGAUUCCUUUUCAGCUGAGAAUGCAACAAUAAUGGAUAAUUCAAGUCGAUACAGCUUAUUCAUUGACCCUCAGAGUCAGGCAAAUAGUUGGAUAAAAACCCUCGAGAAGCCCAAUGGAUUGCGCGUUGUUAAAUUCUCUCAAUCGAACUACAUGACACUUUUGGCAGAUUGCAUUCAAUUGGGAACACCCUGUCUCAUUGAGAGUAUAAAAAAUCACCUGGAAGUCCAAUUGAAUCCCAUUCUCUUCAAACACACCUUCUUCCGCGAUGAGCAGGAAUUCAUUGAUCUGGGAUCGGAUGUUAUUGAAUUUAAUUCAAAUUUUCGUCUCUACUUAACUUCAAAUUCCCGCAAUCCCCACUACCUCCCGGAAGUUGUCAAUAAGGUGACAAUUAUCAAUUUUUCCUUAACCCUUCAGGGACUGGAGGAUCAAUUGCUGGGGAUUGUUGUGGCAAAAGAACGUCCGGAUUUGCAGGAACUUCGACAGAAGAUGAUUUUGGAGGGUGCAGAGAAUCAAAAGGUUCUAAAGGAAGUUGAAGAUAGUAUCCUGAAGACUCUUUCAACGAGCAAAGGGGAUAUUCUUGAAGAUGAACGUGCUAUAAAGAUUCUCGAUGACUCCAAAGUUCUCUCGGUGAAGAUUAAAGCCAAACAAUUGACAUCGAAGAAGACUGAACGAGAAAUUGAAGCUUUUCGCUUUAGCUAUCGUGCUGUAGCUUCACACUCCUCCGUACUCUACUACUGCAUUACGGAUCUCCCGAAUAUUGAUCCAAUGUACCAGUUCUCCCUGGGAUGGUACAUAAAUCUCUACAUUUUCUCCAUUGAAAAUGCCAACAAGUCAAAGGAUAUCUUUAGACGAUUGAAAUUCCUUAUGGACACAAUCACGCACAAUCUCUACACGAAUGUUUGUCGGUCAAUCUUUGAAAAGGAUAAACUUCUCUUUUCAUUCAUCCUCACAACGAAAAUUAUGAUUAUGUGCAAUCAAAUAAAUCAGGAGCAGUACAAUUUUCUCCUGAAAGGUGGGAAACCCAUUAAGGAUUCACUGGAGAAUCCUGCUCCAAGUUGGAUCGGGGACAAACUGUGGUUGCACCUUCAGCAACUUGAGCAAAUGGAGGAGUUCAGGGGCUUCAUUGAGGACUUCAAAGUGAACAUGGAUGAAUGGAAGGAGUACUAUGAUACGACAGAUCCCCAAACGGCUCCUUUCCCACGCUCCUGGGAUGGGAAGAUUAAUCGUUUUGAGAAACUCCUCGUUCUCAAUACCAUACGCCCCGAUAAAACUGCUGUGGCUAUUCAGGAGUUUAUAGCCUGUGAAAUGGGACCACUCUACGUGAGACCACCAGCUUUUGACAUUACGAAAUCCUUCGAGGAAGCCAAUUGUCUUAUGCCACUGAUUUUUAUCCUUUCCCCCGGAGCUGAUCCAAUUGGCGCCCUGACGUUGCAUGCGGAGAAAAUGGGAUUUAUUAAGGCGUUCGAGACGGUGUCAAUGGGAAAAGGUCAGGGACCCAUAGCGGAAAAACUCAUAAGAAAUGCCCAAAAAGCCGGGACGUGGGUUUGUCUGCAGAAUUGCCAUUUAGCCACAUCUUGGUUGCCGACACUUGAGCAAAUAUGGGAGGAUAUGGAUGUUCACAAUACUGCAUUGACUUUCCGCCUCUGGUUGACAAGCUACCCAGUUGAGAACUUUCCACCGACUCUUCUGCAGUACGGCGUGAAGAUGACGAAUGAACCCCCAACAGGAUUAAAGCAAAAUCUCUUGAGAUCCUACAAUUCCGAACCAAUGAAUAAUGAACAAUUCUACACGGGAUGCCCCGAUAAGUACAAAGCCUUCACAAAGCUCCUCUAUGGGCUAUGUUUCUUCCAUGCUGUCGUGCAGGAGCGUCGGAAGUUCGGUCCAAUGGGAUGGAAUAUCCCUUAUGGGUUCAAUGAGACAGAUUUUCAGAUUUCUGUGAAGCAACUGCAGAUGUUUAUUAAUGAAUUUGCAGAGAUUCCCUUUGAGACGGUGGCCUAUCUCACGGCUGAAUGCAACUACGGUGGAAGGGUAACAGAUGAGUGGGAUAGAAGAGUCAUUGGGACACUCCUUGAGGAUUACUUCAAUGAAAACGUAGUGAAGGAUGUAACGUACAAAUUUUCCGACACAAGUGCUGCCUUUGCAAUUCCCACCAAAUUUGAGCAUCGUGACAUUGUUAAGCACAUUGAGAAGAAUAUCCCAAAUGACCCAUCAACGGAAGUCUAUGGUUUGCACAUGAAUGCGGGGAUCUUCAAGGAUUUAACAAUGUCGAAAAUCCUCCUAAAAUGCCUAACAAUGACUCUAGGAACGGCAGAUGAUGAAACCCCUGAAAGGGCUCAAGAGAGUUUAGUUGAAAUUGUCAGGGGAAUAGAGAAGCGUCUUCCGGAAUUAUUUGAUUUGGAAGUCCUUGCCGUGAAAUUCCAAACAGACUACCAUGAAUCCCUGAAUACGGUGUUAAUGCAGGAGCUGGAGAAAUUCAAUGCUCUUCUUGAGGAAAUUCGCACAACAUGCCGUGAGAUUGAUGAUGCAGUUGGUGGUUUUGGCGUGUUCACACCGAGACUUGAAAAAAUCUCUAAGAGUCUAAAAAAUGGAGAAAUUCCCCGAAGUUGGCAAAAAAAAUCAUUCCCAAGCCUUAAACCCGUUGGUUCGUACAUUGAAGAUUUGCUGGAGAGAUUGACGUGGUUUGGGGAAUGGGCUACAUCCGGUACUCCGGAAACAUUCUGGCUUCCGGGCUUUUUCUUCACACAAACCUUCCUCACGGGAAUACUACAGAAUCACGCAAGGAGGUGCGGAAUUCCCAUUGAUGAGCUGACUUUCGAUCACACAAUUCUGGAGGAUGCCGAAGAGGAAUCUUCCAUGAUGGGAGUGAAGAUUUCGGGACUUUUACUGGAAGGAGCUAAAUGGAAUGCAGAGAAGAAGCUUCUUGAUGAGCAAGAAGCUAAAAUUCUCAUUGAUCCAAUGCCAAGGAUUAAUCUUCAGCCAAUUUUGCGUGAAAAUCUAAAAUUGGGGACUCGCUACAAGUGUCCAACGUACAGGACAAUGGAUAGGCGAGGGGAACUCUCAACUGCUGGACAUUCAUCAAAUUUUAUUCUUCCAAUCCUCCUACCCACCGAUAGGAAGUCAUCGCACUGGAUUAAACGAAGCGUUGCUCUUGUAUGCCAGACAAACGACUAAGCACCCCCACGUGGAUGCACUCACGAGAAUUCUGUCUUUUUUUUCGUUUAUUUUAUAUUUAUAUGAAAAUUGCGUAAUAAAUAACGUAAAACC